CCACUGCUUUCUUGGCUUUAAUCCUCCUCAGUUCCCUCCUAACCUGGGUGGUUGAGAGAGACAGGCUGGAGCCUUGUGUUGAGUGUGUAUUGCAUUGUAUUGCAUGACCCUAAUAACUGGUGCAAUGAACAUGGUACAUUUAGAUAACUGGUACACUGGUUAUGGCGGUUUAGAGUAAACUAAAGAACCCCUUCUGCACUUUAAAAUGCUGUGGCUUUAUGUGUUAUAUUAUAACCACAUACUUGCAGCAGAGAGAGAAUGACUCACUUCCCAAAACAAGCUGGGAAUGGACCUGUUGUUUUUUGUUUUUUUACAACUGUCACCAUGCAUGCUCCCAGUAUACAUAGUUUAUUAUACUGCAUUUUUGUAAUUUAAAUAAAUUGUUUUUAGUACAGAUCUGUUUCACUGAUAAAAAUUAGUACUAAUACUUCACAUUAUGCAAUUUUUAUGCAUACUGGCCAAUACCAGUCAGCAACUCUCCUGUCAGCUUAGGGGAGAGUUGUUGUAAAAUCACAUAUAUGGCAAAUCUUAUUUAUGGUCUGAUUAAGGGUUGGUCACUUUACCCAUUCAGGCUCUAGAAUUGUAUUUUCAAAACAAGGACUCCCUAACAGAGUGACAAAAUGUUUAUAUUGCUAUAUUUUGCUAAACCUGUCAUUUAUCUAAUAUAACAUAAAGCUGCUUCUGUAAACUUAUAGUAAUGAUUAGCAAAUGUUUUUAGUAUAAUUAGGCCAAGAUGUUAUCAGGAUAUAUCUAAUUUCCUCUCAACAGGAAGACUAUAAGGGUUCUUUUUUUAAACUGUUUUUCUAAACCACAUAGUGCAACAUGCCUACAGUUUGAUUUCUUUUUCUUUAUUGUUAGGCCAGAAAAAUAUAAAAGUUAGAUGCAACCAGACAUUGGUUAAGACAUGCAUCAUGAAAAUCAUGCAAAACCUUCGUGUGUGGUCAAAUGUCAAGAAAAAAAAGCCUCAUGAAAAGUUAAAAAAAAAACUUCCUCAAAUGUUUCACCGGAAGGAGAUGUGGUGAUAAGUAGUCUUUUUGCACACAAUGCAGCUGCACCAUUAACCUGCACACAUCAACCAGACUGGACGCACAAUGAAGGAGGAAGACAUGAUUUAUACUGUGGUGGAAGUGCUCAUUGCUGUUAGUUGCUGUCUGGGUAACAUGCUGGUUAUUUUGGCCCUUUGGAUCAGUAGAAACAUUCAGCAGACGACCUUCUGCCUUAUUGUCUCGCUGGCUGUGGCUGAUUUUCUGGUAGGUUGUGUGGCAAUACCAUUGGCUGUAGUGGUGGAUGGACGAGUGAAGACUUCAUUCAAGACCUGUCUCUUCAUCAGCUGUGUGGUCAUCCUGCUGACUUUCGUCUCAGUUCUGUGCCUUGCAGCUAUUGCUGUAGAUCGUUUCCUUCGGGUGUGUAUCCCUAUCAGGUACAAAAGGACUGUAACACACAGACUGUCUUGUUGUGUGGUAGCAGCAUGUUGGCUUGCUGCUGUUCCUCUCAGCUUUACUCCCAUGUUUGGAUGGCACGAGAAUGAAACUUUCAGUAUUACAACCUGCAGGUUUAUAGAUGUCAUCCCAAUGUCAUACCUGGUUUAUUUCAACUUUUUUCUCUGCUCAUUGACGCCUCUGUUGGUAAUGACUGUGUUAUACAUCUAUGUCUUUUGCACAAUCAGAAGAAACCUUCGAGACAAACCAGGGAGCCAUACCCGAAAUUCGUACAACUACUUAAGGAAAGAGAAACAGCUGGCAGGAUCUCUGUUUCUGGUACUGGCCUUGUUUGGCCUGUCCUGGCUCCCUCUCCACAUAAUGAACUGUAUUCAGUACUUUGGAAAUAUUGAGGUACCAAAACAAGCUUUUAAUGUUGGGAUUGUGCUCUCUCAUGCUAACUCAGCUGUCAACCCAGUUGUCUAUGCAUUCAAAAUACAAAAAAUCAAAAGAGCAUAUCUAAAGAUCUGGAAAGAGUGCAUUUCAUGUGCAACAGAAAAGCAGGAAUCACAGAUAAGCCAGACAACAGACAAGUCCAGCAGUAACAAUGACAGUCUGGCCAAAAAUGAAUGAAGGCUGACUUCCUUGUUUAUUUCUAUUUUAUUAGGGAUCAAAUUUGAUUGGCUUUUGAAAUGUAUGUAUUAAAACCAGUGACUUGAUGAUUACAUUGGUGUGUGUCAGGCCUAGAACCAAAUAUUAUAUUAUUUAGAUACUCAUAUGUUUGCUAGGUAUUCAGUUUUAAAUUUUCAUCCAUCCAUCUAUUCUCUUAUCCAAUUCAGGGUCACAAGAUCCCAGCUGUUAUAGGGAAAGGGGUGGGAGUGCCCCCUGGACAGGUUGCCAGUCUGUCAGUGGGCACACUAAAUAUUAGUUUCUUUUAAAUGUGGAAAUCCAUUCCAUCUCAGCUUACAUCCCUGGAGUCCAUGUCAUUUAAACUAGUAAUCAUGCCGCUUCAGUUCACUUCAUUAAGGCCAAUUAGGGGACUAAAAAAUUUUUAAUGUAGCAGUUUCACUAUCUAGCCAUAGCUUUAAAUAUUUGCUGUAGCUUACUGCUGAAGGUAUGGCAUGCAAAUAGUUUUUUUAGAGAUAGCCCUACUGUGUACUGAUGUAAAGCAUGUGUUUCUGUCUAUAUUGUGAAAACUGUUGCAGAAGAAAAGACCUACUUCCUCUUGUUUUUAAAGUUAAGUUUUUAGAUAAAGUUUCAUAUCAUUCUUUCUCUGUUUCUGUUCAAGUUCUAGAUCGUCAUAUGUUGAUAUGAACACUCUCCAUUAAUAUCAACAGAAAGUGUGUGUGAAUGUGUGUGUGAAUGGGUGGAUGACUGAAUGUGUAAAGCGCUUUGGGGUCCUUAGGGACUAGUAAAGCGCUAUACCAAUACAGGCCAGUUACCAUUUUCCAUUUAAAGUGGUAGUUAAAGUUAAAUAAAAUGGAAUUAUGUAGGGGUAAUUGAUGCUGUAGUUCUGACCUUUAUUAAACUAAAAAAAAAAAGAACUUUAAAAACAAAACAAAAAAAAGAAACAAAUACUUCCCCAUUCAUUGUAACUGAUAAUGGAUAAAAAAUGUGGCUGAGAAGCUUGACAUUUUGUUGGUUUGGUGGGGCCUAUAAAAAAAAAUAAAGAUACAUUUAAAUUCAUAAUUUGUUGGACAAAGAUGCUUUUUUUUGUAGUUUUUUUUUCUUCCCCGUACACCACUACAGUGGUGUAUAUUUUAUUACUUGGAAAUCUAGAACCCAUCAAUAAAUGCUGUAUUUCCUUCUCUGAGACACUCUACUGAGGCUUCCACUGCAGCCACCUUUAGCUAGUGAAUGUAAUCUUCAUACAUUCAGUUUUAUCUUCAUUAAUUAAAAAGCUUACUUUAUUGGGUUGCGAUCAAGUCACUGACUUCGGAAUUGAAGAAUGCCAUUUCUUUGCCUUAAGAAACUCCUGGGUUGCGUUUGCAGUAUGCUUUGAGAAAUUAUCCAUUUGCACUGUGAAGCGCUGUCCAAUCAGUUUUGCAGUAAUUUGCUGAGCAGAGUAUAGCUUUUUAGAGUGUGUAAUUCAUCAUGUUAUGUCUGUCAGCACUCACAUCUUCAGUAAACACUAGUGGCCCAGUUUCACUGGCAGCCAUACGUUCCCAUGCCACAACAUUGACUCCACCACAUCUGACAUCUUUGGAUCAUGAGCUAUUUCUCUAUUCUGCCAUACAUCUUUUUGAUACAAGUUAAUCUUAUUUUUAUCUUUCCCAAGAAUUUUUCCAGAACAGUUCAGGCUCUUUUAGCUGUUUUCUGACAAGGUUUAAUCUAGUCUUAUCUUUCUUGAGUGUACCCAGUGGUUUGUACCUUGUUGUAGAAACUGUAUUUCAGAGGGCAUCUCUUUAUUCUAGACCUUGAUAAUGAUAAGGCUUGGCAGUAAAAUAUCCAAUUCAUUAAAAUGAAAUGAAAAUGGGGGAAAUGGAUAUAAAUGGCUGCAACUCUUAAGCCACUGAUGUUUCAUUUUCGUGAAACCCCUUGAAUUUAAAGUUUUAGUGGUGUAGAGAAAACUACAAAAAACUAUAUAUAUAUAUAUAUAUAUAUAUAUAUAUUUCAACCAUCAGGACUUAAUCAAAAAAUGCUGAGUUUAAGGAAAAAAUUCAACCUACAACCUUUUAAUUUUAUUAUAAAUUUUAUUAUAGUAACUGAUUUUGGAUAUUGUUUUCAAAUGUGUUUAUUUAGAAAGGUUUCCUUUAGGCAGGCAUUUACAUUGACAUGUACAUGUUUCUAUAAAAAAAUACAAGCCAGUAAAGACAGGGAUUUAAAAAACAGAGGGGUACAUACAUACAUAACUCAGACUACCUUCCCCUUAGCCCUCAGAUGCAGACCCCGAAUACUGAUUUUGGAUAAUAAAUGUAAUGAAAACAACUUCAGACAAUCAGUACGAUUAUUUUAUAUGUAUCACUGUGUAAAUUACUGUACAUUAAAACUCAUCAGACUCAACUGA